AGUUCAGUGUUGACUUAGUAAAAAUUCAUAACACAAAAAAUUAAUUUGUUCAGCAAUUUCUCAAGUUGUACCCUGCAAACAUUUUCCGGCCAACAACAACAACAUGGCAAUUCUGUCGUCCGUCAUCUAAUUUUUCAACACUUCAUUUCAUUUAUUUGUGAUUUUUCAGACUUUCCCUCUGAGUAUCGAUUGACAAUGCUGGGUGGAGAAAACGAGACCGAAAGUAAUUUACAAUCCGAUCCCAAGAACCUUUUAACUACCGAGGAAGAUGUAGCCAAUGAAAUAAAAGAAUGGAUGGUAACUUCGAAAACUGAUGGGCAUACCAGUCCGAAAUCGUACGAACACGCCGUCGAACACAUUGAGUUGAAGUUGGGCCGCCCAUUUUUCUGUUUUGAAGCGACGUGGACCGAGAGUCAAUAUAUCAAAACGGUUUUAGAAUUGUGGCUUGAAAAAUGUUUGGAAAAGGCUUUCGACUAUAUGGACGACGACAAGUUUGAUAUCAAGGAAGUGUCUGAUGUCUUAAGCCAAUUGAAUUCCAUGGAUUCAUUUGAGGACUUUUAUUGCAAAUUAAAUGACGUGGAAUCGUCAAUACGAAAUUGGUGCGACGGAGAGUGUCGAUAUCUUAAAUUGAUUCUCGAUCAGAAAGAUAUCUUCACAAGAACGUCCCGUUUCACCAACAUUGUCGACUGCUAUUUCAAACAAUUUACGACAUCGUGCAUUGAAAAAGUGUUCUCUCAAUCUCUAAGCGACCUAGUCAAAGAUGAAACCAACGGCAAGAACCACGAAACAUUCAUUAUUGACCUUAAUGAUUUCCUAGCCAUUGUUAAUGAAGACAAAAAUGUGCUUGAAAAUAUGUUGGACCCAAACUUCCAAAAAAUUUACCUGGAAGCCUAUGAUAACACUGGUCAGGAUUUAAUUAAGGAAAUCGUAGACAUGUAUGUCACUAGUUCCAAGAAUGAUUUCCUGGCUAGCGUUAGGACAGAAGAGGAUUUACAAGCCAUUCUGGAUAAGGACUUGGAGGAAAACAAAGUUAUAAUUGAAAAUAUAACUGACACUGAUUGGCAAGUACUUUUUCGCAGACUAUCCAGGAAUGUGUCGAGCUUUCUUACGACUGUUGCCAGCCAGAGAACGCCAGGUUCAAUACCUGAAUGGUUUAAACGUUAUCAGAAAGUUUCGUCGCUAUUAAAUGACGUAGAGUGGACUCCAAAAUUGCAAGUGCUGACAAAAGAAACGUGCAAGAGAUUCUUGUUGCCCAAAACUGAAAUCGAAUUCAAGGAAGAAGGCGGAAAGCAAAUCAUUUCCAUUAAAGGUGUUGCCAUCUUUGUCAGCAAAAUGAAUGGGGAAAUGAAACGACUCAAAGAUGAAAAUCCGCAUGUCGAGGAAAUAAAAAUCGUUGGACUCAAAUCCGUUCACAUCGACUGUGACUUGGAUAACGAGAUCUGGCACGGAAUAAACGUCGGCAUCGUCACUGACAAGCUCAUCGUUGAUGGCGUAAUCAACGAUGAGUCCACGGAGAUUUCGAGCGGAGUUUGUUGGAACAUUUCGGGACAAAAUUCUAAAGAAGAAGACCAUCAACCAAUGGGAGAGCCUCGUAAACCGGGCGAGAGUGGCGGUAACGUUCACGUCGUUUGCAACAAAAUAAUAAACGGCAAAAAAUGGACGAUCGUAUCUGACGGAGCCGACGGAAGUGCGGCUUAUAAAUGGACAAAGGAAAACUUUGAAGAAUUAUUUCCAUCAAUUUCUACAAGUGACAGAGAAGAGACGAUGAAUUCCGUUUUAACGAAAUUAGCAGACAUUUUACCAACCGAGAAUCGAACAAAAGGCGAAAAUAUUCUGCCAGGGCAUAAGGGGAAUUUUCUCAUCAGUGGCACCACAGACGACAGCAGUGAAAUCACGGCAACAUUUUAUGGGGGAAAAAAACAAAAGCAGACACUCAUUUCAAUUGCAAGAAAUCGUGCUGCGCAAGGUGGAUACGGCGGCGACAUUACCAUUGAAUGUUUUGGAAACAAUGAAAUGGACAUUACAUCCGAAAUCCCUUUCAUGGGUGAGGAUACGAGACGAAAGUCUUUAAGAGCUAUCAAAAUGGGUGUCUAUGUGGCGUCAGGCUCUAACGGAUGUACUGGCAAAUCGACAGGUGACAUUGCUUACAUCAACAAGAUCGCCAGCAAAAGCACCAGUAAAACCGAAGGAAAAUAUUACGGGUUUGAAAAAGACCAAAAGAUUGAAGUUGAACUGGACGUUAUUAAAAAGCCAACAGGAGAUCAAAACUUAUACGUGAAAUAUAGAGACGAAAUAAAAAAUAAAAAGAGGUAUACAAAACUAUCCAUGGACUCUUUAAAAGAUUUGCAGGUAAAAGUGGUAGAUGCGGUCAAGAAAAAGGCCGUCAUUCGUCAAAGUCUCGUCCGUCACCUCGAUCAAAUAGACCGACGGAAUCAAUUGACAGAUUCCAUUCAAAAGAGGUUGUCUCAUCCAGCGGUACAUCAUUCGAAUAGCAUCGGAGAAAUUCUAAAUGAAAUUGAAAACAAAGUCCAUCAACACCAUCAGCUCAUGAUUCAACGUCAACAACAGCAAUUUGACAAAAUCGACCAGGAACAAUACGUCAAAUCGAAAAUAGAUUCAUCGCGAACGUUUCCAAAGCCAAAAGUAAUCGGCCGUCGCCCUGUUUAUUUAAAUCCACUGAACGCAAGAUUGAACGAACAUUACAUAGAUGAUGUCGACGUCUACUGCCUAGACGAAUUGCUGACAGAGGAAGGAAUAACUGACAGUCUACUUCAUUGCCUUUUCGGCCAAUUGAAUUGGGAAGGUAAAUUUGUAUGCAGGGACGCCGACAAGUUUUACAAACUUAUUGCAAAACAUGGCCGUGAAAACGAGUCACAAGAUAGUACACUUGGAUCAGCCGAACUGGAAAUAUUGGCAGAGAUUUUAGAAAUAAAAAUUCACGUCUAUGAACGCCACGGCUCUUCAUCUUUCCAAUAUACGAAAACGGUGGAUCCAAAAAACAUAGACAACAACGAAUAUUUCAUCCUGUACGAAGAUGACGGCCUAUGGAAAAGACUUUCACCCAAUAACAACCUUAAUUUAUUCUGCAAAGAGUUUUCUCCAGCAGAUGACGAGCAAAAUUGCAAUCCAACAUAUUUUGAACAGCUGAAACAUUGGAUCGAUAAAAAGGAUAAAGUCAUCACCUCCGUUGAGAAGUUGAAUCCCCAAAAUAAAACACCAGAUAAACUAUCUCAACUACUCUUGAGCCGAAUAAGCAACCUCAACAAUGACGUUGAACAAACAGAAAAACUUGCCUUCGCAAUUAGCUCACUAACAGAAUGGGUCGAGUACUACAACACCUGGAAUAUUAGUCCCCUAUUUUACCUGAAUAUUGUGGAAAACCAUGAACCAAACGACUGGCAAUUCGAAUUUCUUCUUUUAGAAUUGGAAGAUCAAUUUUGGAAACAAUGGGAGGAAGAGGAAUAUAGAGAAAACUGGAGAAAAGAUGCGCGCGAGUAUUUGAAUAGACACGAGCGAGCACUACGGUUGUUUACUCAAAUCGCUAUGAAAAAAGAGGAGAGCGAUUUUAGCGUCUCGUUCGAAUUCAAUAUACUUUUGCGAAUGAUGGAAGAAAACAUAGAUAUAGAAGAAUUCUUCGAUGAUGAUGACGAUAUAGGUCAAGUAUCUCUAAUCAAUUUUUACUACAAAAAGUCAAACCAAUUCAAGAAGCAACGGAACAACAUUUCAAGCACACAUCUUCCACGUCAGACAUCGGAAUCGAGAAAUGUGGGCGAGAUCAUUUUUGAAAUGAAAAAGAAAGUUUCAAAGUUGGAUGAAAUUGAACAAAUUUUAAAUGAAUCAAACUCAAAGAAAUUUGAAUUCAAAGAAGGUGUUGACCGUAUCGCCAAAACGUUGAUUGAAAAAAACGAGAAAUACAACAAAUUCAAAAUAUUCCAUAAAGAGGAAAAAUCCAAACCUAUUACUAAUACGGUGAAGACAACAACGGAAUCAUUUCUCGCAAUGAUGAAAAAGGCGAAUAAGAACAAGAUACUCAAUGACAAACACAUCUGUCAUAAAAUUGUGAAAUUUACAGAUGGCGACGUGUGUUUUAAUUACGAGGUGACGGAAUAUUUUCUUUGCGUCUUCGAUUACGCCGUCGAACUCAUCAUGGGAUUCAAGCUGCGUGACACACAGAGAGUGGCAAUCACGACUUUAUUGGUGCAUGGAUAUUUGGGGCACAGUAAAACAUUGGCGCAGGUUUCGACUGGUGAAGGCAAAUCAAUUAUCGUGGCCGGGCUAGCCAUUGGUUUUGCACUUUUUAGAACGAAAAAAAUGAAAAAUACCAGAAGAAAUAAUAAGGUUGACGUCAUCACCAGCAACGACGUCCUCGCCCUUCGUGAUUCCAAUCUGCCAGUUGCCAAAGGAGGGCUGAAGGAACUUUACGAGUUUUUCAACGUCACCGUGGCAAAUAAUUCGAGUAAAUCUGCAGACGAGCGCCUAAAGGCUUACAGCAUGGACGUCGUUUACGGGCAACUAGCCAACUUCCAGCGUGAUUAUUUGCUAGACGAAUUUUACAAUCGUGGAAUCCGAGGCGACCGACCGACGGUGUAUGGCAUCAUUGAUGAAGUGGACUGCAUGUUGCUUGAUCGUGGCAACAAUAUGCUCUACCUGUCGCACGACAUCCCCGGCAUGGAAAUGCUCGAAACCCUUUACGUUUUCAUUUGGGAAAAAAUACAACACCAUUCAGUGGAAAUGGUCAAGUCCCAUAUCUUGUAUGACCUCUACGGCCAAAUAAAAGAAGAAGAUUUGGAAAAUAUUCACGCUCCGUUAGGGCGAGAGGAAUCGGAAAGACAUGCGAUAUGGACGCACCUGAUCGAGAAAAAAGUUAUCGACCGACAAGGACGUUUGCUGAUUAACGAAGUCAGUGAAAUCACCAAAGAAAAGAUCAACUAUGUGCCGAAAAAUGAGACGAUGAAAGAAAAAACACUGAAUACCAAAAUAGUUUUUUACUUCCAGACAAUAGCAGAACGCGAACGUCACAUUCGCAUACCGAGUCAUUUGUUGGAUUUCGUCGACAGACACCUGGAGACUUGGCUGGACAACGCCAGGCGGGCUCUGGAACUCAAACAAGACGAGGACUACGUUAUCGACCACGACCGAUCAGACCCAAGUCCCGAUUUGAAUCCGCGAGUGAUUAUCAUCGAUCCCGACACGGGGACGGAUCAGUCCAGUUCGCAGUGGGACGGAGCCCUGCACCAAUUUCUUCAGCUCAAUGAAGAAUGCAAAUUGACGUUGCAGAGUCUGAAAGCGGUUUUCGUGUCCAACGCAACUUACAUUGGGAAAUACAGUAACCUGGCGGGUUUGUCGGGAACCCUGGGUUCCCAACCAGAACAGAAAUUCCUGGAAAAGUUAUACAAGUGCGAUUUGAUUACUGUUCCAACUGCUUUCCCCAAACGUUUCAGUCUCAAACCCGCCCAAAUAUUCAAAACAAAAGAAAGUUGGCGAAAAGCUGUUACUGAAGAAACUCGUUUAACGAUAACAGAUCGUUCCAUCCUCAUCUUUUGUCGAUCCAUCAAGGAAGUCAACGUAGUUUAUAAACACCUGAAAUCUGCAACUCAGGAUCACAAUGAUAAAAAUAAACGCAUUCAUCGCUACACACGCGAUUAUGAGAAAUUUGAAUUUGAGAAUGCUGAACUGGAUGUCGGAAAUGUGAUCGUCGCAACCAACUUGGCCGGACGAGGGACGGACAUUAAAAUCAGCAAAAAUCUAAAAGCCAACGGAGGUCUGCACAUUUGUUUGACUUAUUUCCCGGACAACGAAAGAGUCGAAGAACAAGCGAUGGGUCGUGCGGCAAGAAAAGGAGAACCGGGAAGUGGAAUCCUUAUUCUAUGCGAGGAACAAACUGACCAAGCGGAAGAUUCCGGUACAAGUGAGGAAUGGGGAGCCGAGAAAAUGUUCGUCAUGAUAGAAGAAAGGGAAUGGAAAGAGAGACAACGAAUAUCACGACUGGAAAAAGAUUUCAACCACACUGAAGUUCUCGAAAGAUUUUUCGAAGAAUACACCACUGAUUUCUCGGUGAAGAAUGUCAGAAACAAAUAUAAGGAAAUUGAAUACCUAAGAGAAAAUCACACAGUUCAACUGCCAGCCGAUGAUGUGUUGCUUAAUGUCAUUCAUGAGAGCGCCCUAGACAAGUGGUCACUUUCGCUGGACGAAGCAGAUUAUGACUUUAAAUGUUUUGGAUUACAGCCAGGUCCAUUUACAAUUGGGGUGGAUAAUUUUUAUGGUGACAUUCUACAAUGGAUUACGCCAGGCCGUAAAGUCCCCUUCGCAAAACACCUUGCAAUUACAAAGACAGAACAAAUUGAUAAAAAAGAAGCCGCAGACAUUUUAACUGAAUUGAUUCGUUCCAUCGAUCAUUUUUUCUAUCCGGCCGCUUUUUAUUACCGCGCUUUUAUUCAACUUACGGAAAUGAAAAGUGAAAAUAAGAAAUUUGAAGAAGAGAAAAUAGAAUUUAUUCGCACGUUACGACGCACGGAGACUAUUUUGAAUGAGCACAUUGAUAUGCAAAAUUUCUUGUGCAUAACUUAUCAAUCAGAUAGAAAACCGGGACCAACUCCUUCGUUUUGUGAGUUUAAUGGCUACAAGGAACAAAAAGAAAACAACAUCAAAAUAUUUUUAUGUUUUCUAAGCUCUAUUCAGUGGUUAUUGGGCAGACGUUGCUCCCUAUCCGAUCUUCGAGAAGCCAGUGGCGAAACGCCGAAAGCUCCCGGGUGUGUUGAAAAAUGUCUUAAAAUAGCUAAACACUUGACUGCAAAAGAAAAAGGAGGGAAGGAUAAAGGAACUUUAAAAACAUUAAAACAACGUCGAAUUCGUCUCGAAAAAGUGGACGAAUAUUUCGGCAAACUGAUGGAGUCAAAGUGCAUUGUCUUCGAGCUCAAUGACCCCGACGCCAUCCCAAGUGACAGCGAACAUCAGAAUUUAAAGAUCACUAGUGUCGAGAAACGAAGCAAAUUAAUCCUCCGAAUAGCUGACGACUACGGUGUCGGUGCUUCGCUGGAAGACAAAUUGAAUUUGAUUUUUGAUGAUAAAUCUCUCAACGAAGAGAACGUCGAACAAAAACUGAAAAAGAAGAUUAAGAUUCCAUGCAGCAGAAAAGCUUUCUGGAAUGAACUGGUCAAGGCUGAGGCGUUGAAACCUUUAUUGGAUUGCAAUGGCAUGGAUUGUGUUAUAGUGUCAGAAGACCAGCUGGAAGAAUUAAAACUUGAUAAGGCUUAUGCAAUCAAAUUCAAUUUUGGUGGAAAGUCUUUUCAUGACGGCAGCAACCAUCUCUACGUCCUUUACAACCCGCUGUACGACAUCAAACAAGUAUUAGGAGAAGGAAAAAAACUCUUGUUCAGUAAAGAGUACGUCAAAGAUUCUCUAUUGUCAGAGUAUGGCAAGAGAAAAAGAAGAUUUGAGUCAAACAAAAUCGCCCAACUUAAUCUUACAAAACUCAGAGACGUGAACCUGGAAUCGUUCGGUCGACUGGCCAUGGAUGACUUACGUCGCCAUAAAAUCGAUCGAUUUGAACAAAAAGAAAUUUGGAAUCAAUUAAUCAAUCAGAAAAUAAUUAAUGGUCAAGGCUAUCUUGUACCGGGCUACGAUUUCACAGUAGGUUUUAACUACCCAGAUUGCCCAGCCUAUGCAAACGCUGUCACACGAUUGGUGGAAAAAAAGUUUGUCGUCGAAAUAGUCAGAAUGCAGUGGCUAAAGUCGACAGAUAAUCCCAGCUGCCUUCAAGCAAUUCACUUGUUGCCACGCAAGCCCCACAGAGAUAUGCUGGGCGAUUUGAUGGCAGCCCACGUCAUCUCUGGUGCUCGGGUGACCGAGGACAGAGACACCAACUUGCAGAAAGAAGUGGAAAAUCUGACCGAAUAUGACGAAGAACGCAAAUGCAUGAUGGAAUUCUUGACAAGUCACCAACCUGUUUACGCUGCGAAACCCAUCACCCCUGAUAUUUUCCUCGAUUUCAUCGAAUACUUUUUGAGAGAGAACGUUUUCAGUGAACUGUAUGUUUUCCGACUUGUUGGAUUCGAUCGCAUCAUUGACAUUAAGGAUCGGGAACGCAACUUCAGAGGAAUUCGCACUGACUCGAUGUGGGCAUCUCUAAUCAUUACCAUUGGUCUCGCAUCGAUGGGCCUAGGAGUAGCUGCUUUAAUACCUCAGAAGUUUGUUGAGUUCAAAAUACCAUCUAAAGUUUGCAAAAACUUGCUUUUAAUCGGAGGUUUCUCUGACAUCUCGUACGUUGUUGAAACUAUCUUGUCCCGAAAAGAUUUCACGUGGACUGAUUACGGGCGUCAAAGAAUCAGAAGUGCUAAAGGGAGAGUGAAGCCCAUCAAUACAAUCGAAGACCUUUUGAAAUUAUCUAGAAGUUCCAAUCGAAGUUUCAAAGAUUUUUUCAGUUCGGAUGAGAAGGACAUCCCCAACAGCAGACCAAAAUAAAGAAAGAAAAAAGG